UGAUUGAAAGGGUGAUGCUAACAACAGCAGUAUCAUGUUCUAAAUACGGUCAGUAUGUGAUUCUGUUUAGGGAACCACAUCUCAGGGUAGGUAGUGUGAAAUUUAGACCAUAUUUCCUAUAUGGUGUAUAGAGCAUGCUGUGACUACAGAUAGCCAAUCAAAAUCAGUCUGGUGUGUGAAGUGAGGAGUAAAGUCAAAGUUCUCUUCAUUCGACACUGCACCUCGAUCACUAUGACACCUCCCAGGUUUGUUUUGUAUCUGACAUGGCUGUUCUUGAAGAAAAUUGCUCAGGCAACUAAUGAGAAUUUCUCCUCGUCUCCUCGUCAAGAGAAGCGCUUUGUGUCUGCUAAUGUUGGCGACAGUUUGACUUUAAAAUGUUUCUAUGAGCACAAGGAUGCUACGAGGUUUUACUGGUACAAGCAAAGUCUGGGACAGAAACCAAGGCUCGUCUCUACUGUCUAUAUGUUUAAUAAAAAUGGAACUUUAGAUAAUGAGUUCAAGGACAAUCCACGCUUCCGAGUGGAUUCUUCGAUGGGUAACAAUCACCUGCAUAUAACAAAUUUGCAAAUUUCCGACUCCGGUACUUACUUCUGUGCAAGAAAGGUUUCAUUAAGUAUUACAUUCGAAGAGGGCACUUUAGUAAUUGUAAAAGGUUCAGGUUUAAGCAUUAAAGCAUUAGUCCAUCAAUCAGAUUCUGAGACCGUCCAGCAGGGAGACUCUGUGACUCUGAACUGUACCAUACACACUGGGACCUGGGAUGGAGAACACCGUGUAUACUGGUUCAAAGACGCUGAAGAACCUCAACCAGGACUCAUUUACACCAAUAGAGACAAGACUGAUCAGUGUAUGAGGGAAAACAACAAAACACACACCUGUGUCUACAACCUGCCGAUAAGGAGCGUCAAUCGGUCUCAUGCUGGAAUCUACUACUGUGCCGUUGCCUCAUGUGGACACAUACAAUUUGGAAAUGGGACGAAGCUGGAAUUCGAGGAUGAGGUGAAAUCUCUUGUCAUGGUGUACGUCUUGAGCGGAGCCUUGGUAUUCACCACCACCCUGGUUGUUGUGCUGAUGCUCUUGCUGUGCAAGGUUAGGAAGAAGAACAGCUCCCAUUCAGCAGAUUUUCAAGCGAGGUUUUCAGCUCCCUGUGCAGAGGUUAACCAAGACACUCUCCACUAUGCUGCUUUAAGUGUAAACCAGUCCCGCAAAUCAAGAAGACAGAAGAGCAUCGAUACCGAAUGUGUUUACUCCAGGGUGGCACAGUAGAAAUUGCACGUAUUUCUAAUGUCAGCAAAAUGCCCAAAUGAACAUGACUUUUUGUUUCUGGACUUUAAAGAGAUCUGACGAUCACCACAUUUUCUGUGAAAAGCAGAUCUUAAAGAGGAAGAUUCUUAAAGUUUUCAAGGAGUUUCAGAUUAUGGUGUUCUGCUAGCAGCUUCCAGUCUGGAAGAUGUUGCCUGGCGCCAUUUCCCACCAUUAAAAUUCAGGUUAUGGAGCAGAAUUCUAUGCCACAAGUCAACACCAGGAAACCAAAGAACAGUCUAUUUUGCCCUUUGUUUUUGUGACUUAAAGGAUGUCUAAAACUCGUUUUUUUUUCUUUUUCCCUUAAAUGUAAUAUUAUGUUGUUUUUGAUACUACUUGAUGCUGUACAACAAGCCUGCUUUGUGCUUUGAGGACCACGGCAGAAAUAAGCAGCAUAAUUUGACGAUCAAAUGUUGUGCAUUUCACACCUAAUAAUAAAAAAAACUGAUCUAUUUAUGGA